AUGAACACGGUUUCUGGUGAGCAUACUUUUGUGUUACCGAGCUGUUACUCUCAGUCGAUGAUCAGCAAAAGCAAAAGCCCUGUAACAUUCUGCCACAACGACCUGCAAGAAGGGAAUAUACUCCUCCCGAAGGCCUCAUCGAACAUCAGGCUUCCCUCCGUUAGUGAAGAUUCGCUAGAGUCACUAUGUUUGGCAACUUCCAACCCAACUGACCCUCGAUUGGUGUUGAUCGAUUUCGAAUAUGCCAGUUACAAUUACAGAGGUUUUGACUUUGCAAAUCAUUUCGUUGAGUACUGCAUAGACUACGACGUUCUGGAUCACCCCUAUUAUGAAAUUCGUACAGAAAACUUUCCGGGUGAGGAAGAGUUGACAGAAUUUUUUGUAAGCUACUUACGGGAACUUGGAGGAAUCGCUGAGUGCCAUUUGCGUCGAGAAGCCAAGAAUCUCAUAAAGGAGACACUUCCAUUUGUUCCCGUGUCACACUUUUUUUGGGGAGUUUGGGGUCUGCUUCAAGUCGAGCUCUCUCCAGUAGGAUUUGGAUUCGCGGUACGUUUGAGCGAG